AGAAGCUGCUGCUUCCACUACAGCAGUCAAACUGCGAUGCAUAAAGUCAUGCAAACCCGGAGAUACACUAUCACAAGGGCAGUAAAGACAAGUUUCCCAUGCGUGACAUUUAACGCCAGACGCUGACUGAGGAGGCUCUGUGCGUAACGCUAGGACGGCGCUGGAUCAACACUGGCCACUGCUGCGCAAACCUUGGCUGUUUGGUCGUGUUUUCUGGAGACGCCAUAUGUACUCUUUUCAGCGUAAAGCUCCCCUGAGUGCUCACUUCUGCAAAACAUGUCUUUUUUGACCAUACCAAGUCAGGAGGGCCUUUUUACCACGAUUAAAACAAGCAAGUCAGACGAGGAGGCAGAGAGCAGGUCACCCAUGGACGCCGAGGACAAUAAUGAUGAUGACGAUGAAGAUGAUGACACCGACGUUCGCCUCAUCCCAAGAUGCUCCCCGGUGCCCAGAAAGCGAGGUGCGUCCAUCUACGAUGAGACUGCUGAGUACAUGCGGAUCCAUUUGGCGUUGUCCGCCGGAAAGAGGGUGUCAUUCGCCGAUACAACAGGUGGGGACCUGGUGGAUAUGAGGGAAUUUGUAGCCUUCGAUACGGACGAGGAAGAGGGGAGCGCAAGGUGGGAGGAAGAGGAGGCAAAGUACCGAAAACCAGAGCGAGAGCCGACCUACACUGUGCACCCAGAGUUUAACGCAGCCGCCGGCGGUGCCCUGCAGCAGGCUGUGCGCUCCAACAAAGUGGAGGUUGAGCAGGUGUCUCCAGUAGAGAAUGAGCCACUUGCCUUCAGGGUGCUAAUAAGAGUCUUGAACGUCUCCUUCCACAAAUCAGUUUACAUCAGAACCACCAUGGACAACUGGGCUACUUACUUUGACCACCCAGCAGAGUAUGUCCAGGGAUCUAAUGAUGGGGACACUGAUCAGUUCUCCCUCAAGCUGUCUUUUGCACCUCCUUAUCUCACACAUGGCUCCCGCAUUGAGUUUGUUGUUCGGUAUGAAACCUCAGAUGGUGACUACUGGGCCAAUAACUCCUCUAUGAAUUACGUGAUAACUCUGCUCCUGUCCUAUGAAGAAGAUCCGGCUCUGGCAAACGCCGAUGUAAAACAAAUCAGAAGUAUCCUGAAACCUCCAAAAGCUUACAGCAUGAACGACCAUUUCGAUUCAGAGGAUGAGCUGGAAAAGGAAGAAGCAGAAGAAGCAGCGACCUCCAAGUCACAGCUAGUCCGUCCUACAGUCACCUGCCCAGUCAUCGUGCAGCCAGAGAUUGAUGUAGAGAUAGCACUUCACCCAUCUGGUCCCUCUGUCCCACCCAACCAAGAGCUUCCAUCUGCUGAUGGCACAUUGUCCGCUCACACUGUAUUCCCAGGUGAACAAUUCCCUUGUACGUCUUCCGAAACCACACUUCAAACUAAUUCAUCCUUUGUACUCUGUGCCAGUGAAUCAGUUCAGCCAAAUAAGUCACAGCCUUUACCAAGACACCACUGUGAAUUAGGCAACCAAACGUCAGAGCAGCCCAUAGACUGUAGUCCCUCUGCACUGCUGCCGUCCCGACAACACGAGUCCAAACCGAGAUCAGACAACUCCAAGGCCGACAGGGAGGAAAUCCCUCCUUCAGAGGCCUCUUGCAUGUGUGUUCCUACAGCAGAAACGAAUCUGUGGUCGACAACAGGAGAGGAUGGAUCGACCAAAAAGGCAGACAGUCGUCCUUGCCUCGAAUCACUUGCCGAGUGUGUCUCUUCUCCCAGUGUGACUCAGGGCUUUGAGCGAGACAUUGCAGUGGGACUGAGUGAACUUGUUGAAGGUUUAUCAGAAAGUUCCAGCAGGUCUGCAGCUCAUCACGAAGACAGUAUGUCUGCACUUUUGUCUACCGUGGCAGAGACUCGGGCAUAUCUGGGAGCAGAGGGUGAAGUUCCACCAUCACCUCAACUCACCUCAGUGAAUACAGGCGUUACUGAGGUGAACCAAAGCGAAGCUCUUCAGUCUGUCUCAGCCGAGGAAGAGAAGGAAGAUGCUCCCUACAUUUCCCCAGACACAUUAUUAGAGAGUGCACCAGGCAUGUUGUCAGAGGUUUCUGCUCCCCAGUCUGCACAUGACGUAAACAGAAGUCUGAUGCCAUCCAUCGUCUUUCUGAGUGGACUUGUCUCCCUCUCCAUAGUGUUGCAGGAACCCAGCACCCUCUUCUUCAUUGGACUGCUCUUGGUUUUGCACCGUUUGUGAGGUUUGUUCUGAUCUUUUCUCAAGUGAAGUGCCUUUUCAUGAUUCCAAAAUAAGCCAUCAAGUUAAACAACACACGAUUCUCCUGUUGAAGUUGUUGAAGUUGUGGUUAUUUUUAUGCAAAGUCUAAUGCAAGUAGAAAAUAAGUGUUACGUAAGAGAAUAGAAAUCACUUUAUUUCUCUAAAUCACUCAAAUAUCAAAGCAUAGUUACUAUCAGAGAAGUUUUCUAAGUGGUCUAUGAUUACCUUUUUCUUGUCAUGUUGAGAAAGUGUAUGUGGUGUUAUAUUUGGAUUUAUUCAAUCAGUACUACAAUGCACUUUUUCGCUUGCUGUUGUCAAUGUAGCUAAGGCUGUUGUCGCAGCACACUGCCAUGAGUGUCACUUGUGUAUUCCAUGUUAUCUUUAAAGGAGGACAAAAACAUUACCAUAAAUAACUUAAGAGACUUGUUAUACAAAUGGAAUUUUGUUUACAAAAUGCAAAACGUGGUUACGUGAAGAUGUUUGCCUUAAUAUUUAGUUAACAAAGGAUUAUAAUGAAUGCUGCUUGAAGGACAAAACAAGUGGGAAACUGUCCAGUGGGGCAUGCAAAAGUGAUAUUAAAUAUCAAAGAACGCCAGUCACCUCACUACUGCACCUUUCCCCCGAUAGGUCUUCCUGUUGAUUCUUGCUGGUAAACCAAUAUUGUUGUUGCUGCACAACAUAAAACUUUAUAACACUAUUUUGACGACCUCACAGACAGACUGAAGCACUGAAUUACAUGUUUGAAGUGGUGACAGUUUUUGCAGUGUAUUGCCAUUAAACGUGGUCUCAUACCCUGUA